GAGCAUUUGAGAGGAGAGAGGGAGUCAUUGUCUUCAUAACACAGAAAACUAAAAGGGAAUGUAGAGGACAACCGAGGAACACAAGCCAAUAAGGUGACCACCCUGGAUGUUUGUUUUGUUAAAUGUGGGGACUGGAAUUUGGACCAAAAAGGGGGAAAAGAAUUUUGGACACUUACCUGCUGUCAUUUAUUAGCUGCUGGAUUGUACAUUGCAAAAUGGAUAGGUUUUGUGGACGGAUAUCGCUCCCUCCGGAGGAGAGCACGCUGAAACUUCCUCCCACCUCUCUUUCAUCUGUCAGGAAUCUGCUGUUAACUGCUGUCGUUGUCCGUGGCUUUAAAUUUCCUUUGCCAUGGCCAAGCGUGAGGCUGGAAGUACCAGCCCUGUGGUGCGUCAGAUAGACAAGCAGUUUCUGGUCUGCAGCAUCUGCCUGGAUCAUUACCGCAACCCCAAGGUCCUGCCCUGCCUCCACACCUUCUGUGAAAGCUGUCUCCAGAACUACAUUCCCCCAGAGUCUCUGACACUCUCAUGCCCAGUGUGCCGGCAGACAUCUAUCCUGCCAGAGAAAGGAGUUUGUGCCCUACAGAACAACUUCUUCAUCACUAAUCUUAUGGAGGUCCUUCAACGAGACCCAGAGUGCUCGCGGCCAGAGGCCUGCAGUGUGUUGGAAUCAGUCAGUGCUGCAGCUGCAGGGAAGCCGCUCUGCUGCCCAAACCACGAAGGAAAGGUGAUGGAGUUCUACUGCGAGUCAUGUGAGACAGCCAUGUGUUUGGAGUGCACAGAGGGCGAGCACAGGGAGCACAUGACUGUUCCUCUGCGGGAUGUGGUGGAACAGCACAAGGCUGUGUUGAAGACACAGCUGGAUGCCAUACACAGCAGGCUACCUCAGUUAACAGCAGCCAUCGAGCUGGUGAGUGAGAUCUCUCGACAGCUGAGUGAAAGGAAGAAUGAAGCAGUAGCGGAAAUUACAAGUACGUUUGAAGAGCUGGAACAGGCGCUGCAUCAGCGCAAGACGGCCCUCAUCACAGACUUGGAGAAUAUCUGCAGUGCCAAGCAGAAGGUCCUGCAGGCCCAGCUUUCAGCUCUCCUCCAGGGGAAGGAACAUAUUCAGAGCAGCUGCAGUUUCACAGAGCAAGCUCUCAGCCAUGGUAGUGCUACUGAGGUGCUGCUGGUUCAGAAGCAAAUGAGUGAGCGGGUAAACGCGCUGGCCAGACAUGACUUCCCAGAGAAACCUCAUCAGAAUGCACACCUGGACUGCCAGGUGGAGACUGAGGGCCUGCGGCGCUCCAUCCAGAACCUGGGUGUUCUCCUCACCACAGCAGCUGUGGCUCACACGUCCGUGGCCACAGGAGAGGGCCUCCGCCAUGCAGCAACUGGGCAACACCAAACUAUUACUGUGACAACAAAAGACAAAGACGGGGAGUUGGUGCGGACAGGAAACGCUGUUUUAAAAGCAGAGAUAACGUCCGCUGAUGGGAGCCGGGCUGCAGAGACGGAGAUAACGGACAAUAAGAAUGGAACAUACGAGGUGGGCUACACGUUACGCUCUGAGGGGGAGUACUCGUUUUCUUUGCUGCUGUACGGACAGCCGGUACGUGGCAGCCCUUUCCGACUGCGAGCAGUUAAGCCGUCAGAUGUUCCGCAAUCUCCAGACGAUGUGAAGCGGAGGGUGAAGUCCCCCAGUGGCACGGGGGGCCACAUACGGCAGAAGGCAGUGCGACGGCCUUCCAGUAUGUACAGCACGACUAAGAAAAAGGAGAACCCCAUUGAAGAUGAGCUCAUCUACAGAGUGGGUUCUCGGGGUAGAGAGAAAGGCGAGUUCACAAAUCUCCAGGGGAUCUCAGCCUCUAGUAAUGGCAGAGUGGUGGUGGCUGACAGCAACAACCAGUGCAUACAGGUUUUCUCCAAUGACGGCCAAUUCAAGAUGCGCUUUGGGGUCAGAGGUCGGUCUCCAGGGCAGCUGCAAAGACCGACGGGUGUCACUGUUGACGUGAACGGUGACAUUGUGGUGGCCGACUAUGACAAUCGGUGGGUCAGCAUCUUCUCUCCUGAUGGGAAGUUUAAGAAUAAGAUCGGUGCAGGCCGGCUCAUGGGUCCCAAGGGUGUGGCUGUGGAUAAGAACGGACACAUUAUCACUGUGGACAACAAGGCUUGCUGCGUCUUCAUCUUUCAAUCCAAUGGGAAACUUGUGACCAAGUUUGGAGGCAGAGGGACUUCUGACAGACAGUUUGCAGGCCCGCAUUUUGUUGCCGUGAACAACAAGAAUGAAAUUAUCGUGACCGAUUUUCACAAUCACUCUGUGAAGGUGUACAGCGCUGAUGGGGAGUUCCUGUUCAAGUUCGGCUCUCAUGGCGAAGGGAACGGCCAAUUCAACGCUCCCACUGGCGUGGCUGUGGAUGCCAAUGGAAACAUCAUUGUAGCUGACUGGGGUAACAGCAGAAUACAGGUGUUUGACAGCACGGGGUCCUUCUUAUCCUACAUUAACACUUCGGCAGACCCGCUGUACGGCCCCCAGGGCCUAGCGCUCACCUCAGAUGGACACGUGGCUGUUGCAGACUCUGGCAAUCACUGCUUCAAAGUUUACAGAUAUCUGCAGUAGACUGAGGGGAAGACGUCGCCGCCACCACCAACUCCUGCUUUGAAAAUCAAUGUCACAUAUUUCUUGCAGAGAAAAAGUUGCAACAUGCCUGCACGCUUCCCAGAGUCUCCAUGUCCACAAAUUAAUUUCCUGUUCAUUUUGUCUGUAAAUACUUCAAGGAUUUAAUGUUCAGAGUUUAAGAACAAGAAAUGAUAUUAACAACGAACUUCCAAAACGUGCAAUUUUAAUGUUUUCAGAGACAAAAUUGGCUAGAUAUCACAAAAACUACUGCAAGAAUAGAAACCAUAAUUAGUGAAACGGCAGUGAGUUCUUGGAUUACUUCUAUCUUAAAAAACAAACAAUCAGGUAAACAAAUCUCAUAUAGAGACUUUCAAAUACUCAUGUUUUUUUUUAAAGAAUGUGAGAUAGGGGCAGGAAAUGCCUCCAUACUUUCAACAGCCUCUGCUCAACUAUACACCUGCAAAGUUAAAUGACUACAUCUUGUACAGUCGCGUUGCUGUUACAUGGCAAAAUAGGUCCAUAGACAGAUAUCCAUACAUCCUAAACACCUAAACAAUCAAUUAGGCAUGUCUAUAUUUUCUCAUUCUUGGUUUGUCUAACUUAAACUGUCCAUAAAGUUGAGCUAUAAUGCUUCUCUCCAACUCAUUUUUUUAUUCUUGGACUCUACUAGAGUAGCUUUGCAUGAUUCUGUCUGAAACAAGCUGUUUUAGUUUGAGGUUUGAGAUGGGCUUUAUCAGCAGAUGGGCAGUGUUGUGCUUCUCACAGAGCUGCGUGCCUGAAAAUCAAUAAUUUGAUUUGGGUAUCUAAAAAUUUUAGCUUAAUAACUUGAAAUGUCAAGUUAUUGAGGGAAAGAGUGCUUUAGGCAGCUAGAAGCCUGAGCUUUUAGCGCAUGGGAAAUAUUUGCACAAACACUUGGCUAAAUUUUUAUUAGUGUCAAUGUCACAGUAAAAAAAAAAAAGGAAGUGUGUGUGUGUGUGUGUGUGUGUGUGUGUGUGUGUGUGUGUGUGUGUAUGAAUGACAUAGAUUAGGUAUAAGCAUAAUAGAUUACUUUGAUUGGCUUUGAGCCUAAAACUAACCAACUAUCCACAGGAAAAAAUGAACAGGAAAUUAACCCCCUGGCUCAAAGGCCUUUUAGCUCUAUUCCCCAAGUGUAUCUUCACAGCCUGUCAGUCUUAAAUUGUUUUGGCAAUGCAGAUGGGCAACACUCCAGUAUCCAGCAAACAAGGCAACGCAAUGAAGAUUCCCUGUUUCCUGAAAGGAACAUGAUGCUUUACGAGUAAAAAAAAAAAAAAAAAAAAAAUGCUCAGGCCUUUCCUUGAACAACGUUGCAUGUUCGUGUGCUCUGAAAAUUAUCUUCUUGUCACUGCCUUACAAUAUUCAUCAGCGAACUCUGCAGAAACUUCAGGAAUGUGUUGUUUUAAAAGGAACUGCUUAUCAUUCUCAUUCUGCACCUUAUCAGUCUGACAUGAUCACUGCACAAUUAAAAUUAUUCUUAUCAUUGGUUUUUUUUUUUUUAAAUUUCUGUUUAGCCAUAAGAUGAGUUUACGUAUAUGCAAGUUGUUUCAUUUUGGGAUCCAAAGACAAGCAUCAAAAAGCACAGUAGUUUAAAAAAAAAGGCUAAAUAUCUGAACCAGCUCCCCUUCACCCUAAAGUCGGAGCCCUUCUAGCAAAACAAAAUAAUAGUAACUAGUCCUUGCACUUUCGUAUAUUCAUACCUACAAUUCACUGUAGUUGUGCAUAUGCAUAUUUACAUGUAUGUAUAUAUUUAUAUAUAUAUGGAUUUGGUGUCUAUAUAGCCUACAUAUUCCAGCACUUAAACAGAAACAAGGUCACGCCAAGUAGUUGUCAACUGAAUGAAUGAAACAUCAGUGGAACAAAGUUGUAAUAAGUACAUAUUAUUUGCUGUAUUCUUUUUUUUCCUUUUUGCAAAAGAAUUUAUUUAUUUACAAAUUUCUUUUCUACAUAAUUUGUUUGACAAAUUAUUUUUCUAAUUGGUCGGUUUGAACCUUCUCCUCCUCCUCUUUGCCAAACCUAGCUAUACCAUUGUAACUUGUAGCACUCAAAGCUGUUUUGUUUUUGACUCUUCCCGGUCAAACAGUGACGUUUCCUUCUGCCAAAACCUAUUGUUGUAAGUUGCUGUUGAACAUUGCACAGAAUACAAAUAAUGAGAGUUAUAUAGUUUGCAAGAGUAAUAUAUGCCUCUAUGUAUAGUUCAUUUUGACAUAAUCAGAACGUGUACUGUAUAUUACGAUCAUAUUCCUGUUGUAGCUGACAAGCACUUUUAUCGUGGAUUUUCCAGGAUUUGUAUUCAUUUACUCUGUAGUUCAAUGUUUAGAGGUUUUUGUUUUUUGUGCGUGUGGCUCUUACAAAAACAACACCAGCUAAUAUGCAGUGACACAAAAUCAUCUCUCACCUGUGUUUUAUAAAUACUGUCUGUCCCCCAGUACUGACUCUUUCAUUCUGAUUUUCCAUCUGCAUUUCCUAUUUAUUGGAAAACUGACAGAUUGAGCUAAACUUCCCUUCUCAUUAGACUGUAUUUAUUUUUGUCAUUGCUAUGAACUGUCAAAGACAUGUGGGGGAAAAACUGAAGCACAUACAGUAUCAAUAAAAUUACAUCAACCUUUGUGUAUACAACUGUGUACUACAAGAGGCCAUUUACAAGUAAUCAGUCCGUUCAUGUAUCACGGAGAAGGUAUGAUUGUAAAUUAAAGAAUGACUAAACUACUGUGCAAAUUGCCUGCUUUGUAUAACUAAACUUUAGUUUAUGUAUUAUACAGUAGACUCAUUUUUAGAGUGAAUUUUCAAUUGUUUUCCUUUGUUUCUUGGCCAGAUUAGAUAUCAGCGUCUCUCUUCGUGCCUACUUUGCCUACUAAAGAUUACGCACUCAGUCA